CCUUCUCCAGCGCGCCCGUCACGAGCGAUGCGCUCAUUUCACGGUGCGUGAAGUCAUUCGGCUCCUGGCGAGAAAAAAAAAGGUGUCGCUCGGCGUUGCUGGUUGUACAGCCUUCCUGUCCGGAGAAAGUUGCGCAUCGCUUGUUGAAUGCAGGAUACCUUCUGCCCGCCGCGCGUCGUUUCCAAGUUCAGCUUCGGAGCAGCAGCAGCCGGCGAGGAGCGGGGACUGCAGCUUCUCACCUUUGUCGCCGCCGAUAUGAAGUCUGCAGAGGAAGAUGCAUACAGCUACACACCAAAUGUCAGCUUGUCCCUUCCGGUGGGAAUGGGCAACCCCUGUUUCGCUACCCAGUACCACACUUUACAGUCAAGCCCAGUCAUCUCAGUUUCCUCUUGCCACCAGACAGGCUACAGCCUCCAAAAUGAUAACCAUGCGGCACCAGGUUAUUACCUUCCCCACGGCCUGAGACCCAAUGGGGCCCCAGCGUUGGAAAGCCCCCGUAUUGAGAUCACUGCCUACAGCCAGUAUCCUGAGGAUGAGGUAGAGGAGAGCAGUAGCGAGGACCACAUCAUCAAGCGAGGCGUCAACUCCAUCGUGACGCUGACGCUGCCCAAUGCCGACGGCUACCGUGACCCCAGCUGCCUCAGCCCAGCAAGUAGCAUUUCCUCCCGUAGCUGUAACUCAGAGGCGUCCUCUUACGAGUCGGGCUUCUACAACUACGACAACUCCCCCCAGAACUCUCCCUGGCAAUCUCCCUGCGUUUCUCCCAAAGGCUCAUCAACGCUCAUGUCUUGCCCACAUGCCAGUGGCCCUGUCGCUCCCCCUCUCCAUUCCCCCUCCACCUCCCCUCAGAUAGGAGCCGUGGCUGAGGAAGGCUGGCCGGCACAACCCCGUGGCUCUCGGCCUAACUCCCCCUCCUGCAGCGGAGGCGGGGUCAACAACGGCGGCGUGGGCAAGAGAAAGUACAGCUUCAAUGGGACCACCUAUCGUCAGACAUCCUCCUCACCCAACCAGUCGCCCACCCCAUCCCCGCAUGGCUCCCCCAGGGUCAGUGUGUCAGAUGAUAUCUGGCAGGCCAACACCAACCAGUACACCAACUCUGCCAUUGUGGCCGCCAUCAACGCUCUAACCACCGAUGGAGUUGUAGACAUGGGGGAGGGGAUCCCCAUUAAGACGCGAAAGACCAUGCUGGACCACUCCAUGAGCCUGAAGUUGGACCCCGAUGGGGAGCUCUGCCAUGAGGACUACCCCUCCCGCCUCGCCCUCAAGAAGGAGAGCUACUGUGGAGGCUUCCUGGAUGUGCCCCAGCAUCCUUACUCCUGGUCUAAACCCAAGCCUUACCUCAGUCCGUCCCUGCCAGCUCUUGACUGGCAGCUUCCGUCGUGCUCCGGACCAUACAGCCUACAGAUCGAGGUGCAGCCCAAGUCCCACCACAGGGCCCACUAUGAGACGGAAGGCAGCCGGGGGGCCGUGAAGGCGCUGUGUGGCAGCCACCCUGUAGUACAGCUUUAUGGCUACAUGGAAAGCGAGCCGCUCACCCUGCAGCUGUUCAUAGGCACCGCAGACGACCGCCUCCUGCGCCCACAUGCCUUCUACCAGGUCCACCGCAUCACUGGCAAGACCGUCUCCACCGCCAGCCAUGAAGUCAUGCAAUCCAACACCAAAGUUCUGGAGAUCCCUCUGCUGCCCGAAAACAACAUGAGAGCAAUAAUUGAUUGUGCAGGGAUCCUGAAGCUGCGUAAUUCAGACAUCGAGCUUCGCAAAGGGGAAACCGACAUCGGACGCAAAAACACACGCGUGAGAUUGGUGUUCCGUGUGCACAUCAACCAGCCCAACGGCAGGACUUUGUCCCUUCAGGCUGCGUCCAACCCCAUUGAAUGCUCUCAGCGCUCGGCUCAGGAGCUCCCGUUGGUGGAGAAGCAGAGUGUGGAUAGUUACCUUGCCACGGGAGGCAAAAUGAUGCUCCUGAGCGGCCUAAACUUUCUCCCUGACUCCAAGGUGGUGUUCGUGGAGAAGGCGCAGGAUGGGCAUCAUCUGUGGGAGACAGAAGCCAAAGUUGACAGGGACUCCGUCAAAAAUAGUACUGUUGUUGUGGAGAUCCCGCCGUACAGGAACCAGAAAAUAUCCAGCCCCGUGCAGGUUAACUUCUACGUCUGCAACGGCAAGAGGAAGAGGAGCCAGUACCAGCGCUUCACCUACCUGCCUCCUCACGCGCCGAUAAUAAAGACAGAACCCAAUGAUGAAUAUGAUUCUCUGGGGAUUGCGAGACUGCCCAUGCAUUCAAAGCCCUAUUACAGCCGGCCCAGACUCACUCCCAUCAUGCCUGUAGCCGACCCCGAUGCCUGCCUGGUUGGUGGCUACCCUCCCUGCCCGCCUCGCCAUGCUGCCAUGCCAUCGUCGUCCCCCAGCUCCAGCCCCACCCUGCAUGACCUGUCCCCCGUGGCAUACACCAAGUGCCUCCCCAACAGCCCCACCCAUGCGGCGCAGCCAGGCCCUGCGGUGCCCCCCAUCCAGGUGACCCCUGGCCACCCCAACCUCACCCAUCCAGCAUCGCCAGACCACAGCUCACCCCUAGGGAUGCUUCAUUCUCAAGGCAGCCCCAUCCACCUCAACAGCCCAGGGCCCCACGGUUACCAUCCUAUCUAUGCCAACAGCAGUCCCUCAUCCUCCCCGGUUUCCCACCCCUCCACUCCUGGGGGCACUGCGGAGAGUCCGUUCGUUCAGGCCUACAGCCCCGGUCCGGCUCAGGCGGUGCCCGGCUCAACCCCAACCGGAAGGAGGUCACCCGGCCUGUUACCCGAAGAUGCCCGCCCCCCUUCGAUGGGCGUCACCGUCAAACAGGAGCCCCAGGAACUGGACCAGAUGUACCUAGAUGAUGUUAACGAGAUCAUCAGGAACGACCUCUCCAGCAUCUCUGUGCACACUCAUGCAUAGAUGUCCAGAGGUCUUCAGCAGCAGCACACACACACACACACACUCAAACAGCUGCGGCAUCAACACGUAGAGGACCAAAAAAACUAGAGAUCCAGAUGAAGAAGAAUACGUUUUUGUCCAUGGUUCUCCCACCUGACCAUCACCCCCCCGUCAGCUCAAAGUCACGCUGCAGACUCACAAUGACAACCACUGGCAAGCUCUAUUUCAACAAACAGAUGAAUGUUAAAUUUCCAAAAGCGGAAGUUAAAAUCAGGGGCAACGUAUACGACUACACUUGCCUUAACUUGUAGCAGAUGUUGUUUCGCGGACCAAACAGCUCAAUGAGACUGAAAUACUUCUAUCGUUGACAAAUGACAAUCUUCAUUUUGAGUGUGAUCUGUAAGUUAAUGAAUGGACAAGAUAGACAAUGGAUGUCAUGCUUCAUCAUUUUGGUUCAUUUGUUUGUGCAGUCCGUCCGCUACAACCGAAUUUGUGCCUUACAGCAGUGAAAUCGACGGAAGACAACAGCGGCCGUGACUCAAAUGGUUUUUAUAUGACUUUUUUUGCAUCAUUUCAAUGAUUUGUUUACAGGGAAACAGAAUAAGAGGCUGGAAAUCAUGUAGGGAAUCUGUGAAUAGACUAGAAAUGAAUUUUGUCUCGCUUCCUCGUCAAUAUCACAUUGUUCAUCUAUACUAAAUGUUAUUGUAUGAUAUUCUUUUGUAUAAACAUGUGUUUGGAAAUGUACUCAUGUAUGCCUUAUGCUUAUAUCAUGCAGUUUGCUAUUUAGUUGACCUUUUUUUAUUCCAUUUUUCUUUCCCUUGUAUGACUAUGUACCAUUUCUUCCCCCCUGCAUUAUGCUUUUCACCUUAGUGCCUUUUUUUGUCUUUUUUUUUUGCCUCCCACUUAGACCAUGACAUGGUCAUGCGCAGACAAUCAGAGAAAAAUAUAGUAACAUAUCCUAUGUCAGCAGUACCUGGUUACACAGGCUUAUCGAGGCAGGUAUCAGAGGAUUCGUUUCCCCCAGCUAUGAGAUAAUUAAACAACGGUAUGCUUACCUGCUGAAUUUAGAUGAGGACGCUCGGGGACAAUAUAGAUAUUUGUAUGUAACUCUUCUGCGCUGUAAGUUUGCAUGUAAAUAAGCACAGGGAUCAUCUAAGCGUGCGGCAGGCUCAGUUUUACUCGUCAUUCAGUCGAUUCCACUGAGGAGUUGGCAGGACUGUUACUCACAGCUGGCAAUAAUUGAUGUGCUUUAACCAAAGGAUUUUAUCUUUGGUGAUAUUAUUGUCCACAUUUCCUUUUUCUGUCGAAGACUUUUAGCACAGAGUGGUUCCCCGUACAAAAAACUAAAACAUUAUGCACUUUACCGUAAAAAAACAGAGCAGGUUUCCUUGCAUCCAGACCAAAUAUUUUUGAUUGAUUUCCACUGCUGGGAACAUACUUUUAGACUUCUUUCACACAGCUGCAGUCUUUUUUUUCCAUGAUACCUGCCACUUGGAGCAUGCAAAGAGUACUUACGCUGGGGAUCAUUUAACUUACAGUAUAGCUUCCUAAUACAUUUCCAGAUAUUUAGUGUAAUAGCAUGAAUAAACUGUAUGAAUAAGGUGUCUCUUUUGUGCCUUACUCUCUUUCUUGAAGAUAGUUGCAACUCUAUAAUGCUAUUCUCAUAGGCGCAAGGUGAAACAUCUUUCUCUUUAUUAUGAAAUAUUUAUGAAAUAUGAAAUGUGUUUUAAGUGCAUUUAACGUGUUCUCAACAAUGAAUUAAUAAAUGGCAUAAUGGUGACCCAUACAUUAUCGAAGUUCUCAAUCCCUUUGUUGUAUACACAUAUAUGAGCAAGUUAAAGCCUUUUUCUUUCUUCUGCUAAAAGUAAAUAUGUUUGAAUGUUUGGAUUAUAUUUUUUGCAGAAACUUAAAUGUGUUUGAGAUAGUACAUUUUGUUUAAACAAAUAGUAAAUAAAUUGGAAAUGGAUUCAGUAUUUUUCCUGAAAAAGCAUUAUCUGACUAUUUACGGCCCAUAUGGUUAUGCUUUACUUUUAAGGCCUUCACUUUAACUUGGCUGUGUGAUUUUAUUGUGUUAUAUGGCUUGACCUUAGUAAACCUCUGACUGUUCCAACCUGUACCUAAAUCUCUAAUAAAGCCUGAA